ACAUUCUUCAGUCGGCAAAAUCAGAGAACAAUUCCAAUAUGAAUUCUCUCAAUCUCUCUUAAAAAAAACAACGAAUAUGACCGACAUUUAUUAAUUUCAUAUCCAAAUAUUACUUCCCCUGUUUUUAAUCAGUCAAAAUAAAAUAAAAUAAAAUAAAAGAACUUUUUUUUUCUCCAGAAAAAUCUUUUCCUUUUUGCUUUUGGAUUAUGGAUUUAAGGUUAUUACUAAUCAUCCCAAAAAUCUCAAAUACAAAUUCUUAAAAACAGAGACUUCCACUGUUCAUAUUUCGGCUCCCCUUCGUGUUUUUAAAAAUCCCCAAUUUUUCUUCUCUCUUUAAAAUCUCCGAUUCAAAUUCAAAUUCAAAAAUCCUCUGUGUUUUCCCCUUGUUUUUUUUUUUUUUUCUUUGUUGGGUUUUCGAAUUUUUAAUAAAGAAUUUGUAUGUGCUCCUUGAAAGUGGCGAAUCGGCGAGGAAUUGGAAGUGACUUGGCACAAUUUCCAAGUGGCGGCGCCGGAGAUGGAGACGGUGACACUGGUGGCGGCGGAGGCGGCGGCAGCAGUAGCAGCGACGACCCUCAUAGACUAUUAUAUGGUCAACGUGAUGACGGCGAUUAUUACUCUGCCGUUGGAGAAGUUUCCACGAUUGUGUCUACGUUAACUAAUGUAAUGUCUGGGCAGGCGGCUCCCGAUUGGGGCUACGGCAGGGGGCAGGGUUUUCCGAGGGGUUUUGUUUCUUCCUCCUCCUCUUCUUCUUCUUCGACGACAUCUGCAUCGGGUUCUUCGGGUUCGGAGCUAAGCUAUGUUCCGGGGAUGAGUAGUUAUUGGGUUGGCCAAAAACGAAUGCGUGAAGAAGAAAUUAGUGUUCAAACACAGCAUGAUUUUCAUUCUGCUUCGAGGGGUUUUAGUUUUAUUAGGGGUUUUGAUCAUCAUUUUUCUCAACCACAAUCUUCCAUUCCUCCAGUCAAAGAAGAGGUUCCACCUCCACCGCACACCGCCGUUUCAAAUCCCGCUGCCACCUUCGCAGCGUCGUCGAUGACAUCCAACGACGCGGUAGUCAUCGGCGAGAGAAGACGACGAUACAGAGGAGUACGACAACGUCCCUGGGGGAAAUGGGCGGCGGAGAUUCGCGACCCGCAUAAGGCGGCGAGAGUUUGGCUUGGCACCUUCGAUACGGCGGAGGCUGCUGCCCGAGCCUACGACGAAGCAGCCCUCAGAUUCAGAGGAAAUAGAGCAAAACUAAAUUUCCCUGAAAAUGUCAGAUUAAUUCAUCCGCCGCAACACAUUCCGGCGGCUGCCGCGCCCCAAAUUGCUCCGCAGCAGACGGCGACGUUUCAGAGCCAAAAUUACCGAGAUUACAUUGAAUAUUCCAAUUUGCUUCAGAACCCCGGCGAUAUUCUCGGGCAGCCUUCGAGUUUACUGCAACAAAUGUUCUAUAAUGCGCACUUGCCUCCAUUUGAAUCCUCGUCGUCGCCGGCUCCGGUACCGUCGAUGUCCUCUGUUUCGAAUUCUGUUUUGUUCACUCCGACGUUGCAACAGCAGCAAAUGGGGAUUUUCCGACAGCCGCCGCAAAAUCAAAAUCAGGGUGGCUCCGAUUACUUUCCGGCUACUUCAUGGGAUGAUUCCGGCGGCCAGUAUCCUUCUUCGUCGUCCGGUUGAUUAUACGAUUUUUUUCCCCCAUUUUCAUAGUAAAAUAAAAGCAUUUUUAUUAUUGGUUUUUUGCUCGAGAGUUUGUCCAUCCAUUUUUCAGUUCUUAGAAAUGAUACUUUUUCAUUUUCAUUUUUUUCCUAAAAAACUAAAUUUCUUUAUUCUAAGUUUUGCAUGUAUUUAUAUAUAAUGAUGAACAUGAAAUUUUCUUCACCCUUAAAGGCCACAUUAUGGCAUUAUUUCAUUACAUUGAAUGUUCAAUUAUGUUAGUUAACUGAUCAGUUUAAACUCA